AUGCGGAAUUCGCAAAUACGUACCUCGUCCCCAACCAACCCAUCUGCGAUUUCGUUCCUUACAAAGUUCCCUCCCGAGAUUCGCAAUUGCGUGUAUGAAUUGCUGUUCAAGCGAGAAGAUCCGGUCUUGCUUCAUAACGCGGAUGUUUACCAUGCGUCACAUCCUUUCCGUGGGGCUCUCGAGGAUUACUACAGCGAAUACGAAGACGGAGUCGGGAAAGACGAGGCAUUCCGACACGACUUUCAUGAGGGGCUCGCUCUGCUAUCGUCUUGCCGCCAGAUACACGACGAAGCUUCUGGGGUUCUAUACGGCGGAAACACGUUCAUUUUCUCAAGACUGUUUGACGAAGAGGAUUGUGACGAGUUGAACAGCCAUGAAGAAUACUCCCAGGUCGACUACGCGGCGAAGUGGCUGAACGACAUCGAAACGCAAUUCAACCGCCUCAAGAAGGUUGUCAUUGAUGUAAAUGCGACCUGUUGUGAAGGUUUAUGUGCGAACAGCGAUGUGUUCGAAUUCUUGCCUCUAUUACGUUUUGUGUGGAAGAACCCGGACUCCCUCAAGAUAAUCUCGUUCGGAAGUGCUAGCGGAGCACUAUGUACGCACGAGCCUACGAUUGAAGCGGCCGAUAGAGAUGGAGAACCAUGGGUUGAUAGAGCGCGCAUGUUCAAUAACUUGCUUACUGCCUUCGCAGUACACGACGUUCUCGACAUACGCAAGUACGCGUUCUCUAACCAUCUCAUGUCUGAGAUCAGAAUACUCCAAUUUCCGGAACGGGAAUUGGGGGGUGCCGUGGGCAUGAGAGAUGGAAGUGGGACAAAUUUGAGGAAAGUCCUUGUAUCAGACGAAGGCAAAACCCUCCGAUGGAAGCCGCGGAGGAAGCGCCGCCCAUUUCAAAACCUAGCAGUAGACACACGAAAACGGAUAGCAGAAUUUGUACUGCGCCACCCAGACGAAAUCGUAAUCGACUUGAACACACAUACUGUACGGGGCCUUGACUUCGGUAUCGCUCGAACAGGCCUAGUUCCCCGGCGCACCCUAGGGGAGCUUGUAUCACGUCUGAACCGAAUCAGCAUAAAGAUGACCAGCAAGAAACCCGUUACAGAUUUUGACGGCUUCAAAAAGUUGGACGAUCUCCUGUCCAAGAGAUCCAAUCAUCCUACGGUCCUGGGAGCGAUGUUAAGUUCCUGGCCAGAGCCCCAUGCACAGACCCUUGUAUUGGAAAUUGCUCCCGCCGAAGUGACCGCCCUCAGCACUGUCCGUAUUGACAUCAAAGAUUUGAUUACUCUACUACGCGACGGAUAUCCCCACCGUGUUUCCACCAUCUGCAUAACGCUCACUCCGCCUUCCCACACCGGGGCACCGCAACAAAGCACUACUGUCUCAACAGAGAAAUUAUUGAGACAGACGUUCUUACUCCUAUCCGACUACAUACUUCAAGCAGAAGAGGAACUAUCUGAGUCUCCUGGUAUCAACACCGUGAAAGCUCUUCUCGAAGAACUGGACCCCUUCCCUGAACUCUGGAUGGACGGCUACGGCAAUCUUCUUCACGCCUCAACUGCCAAUGGGGACGCUCCAUUAAAUUUUGCCUAUGAUGACGACAUUACGUGGGACCAUGUUAUCCGCGUGUGGCGAAGGCUCAGGAGUACAUUUCAUUGGGAUUGGGAUAUCAGGACUGUACCGCCGGGGUUGAAGAAGUUGACGUCCGACAUUGGACGGUCCGGCAUUGGAUGGAGAUAG